AUGGCCUUAGCUGACCCCAAGCCUCACUCCGAACCUAAGGUCUGGAAUUUCUUCAAGCUUCCCUUUCGUCAUUCUGCCUCCGCCGCCACUACGACGUCGUCGUCUGCUAACCUUCACCUUCACCACCACCAACACCACAUCCCUAACAAUCUUCCCCUCGAGGGCUCCUCUUCCCACACCUCCAAUUCCGUUUCCUCUGUUGCCAGAUCGCUUCUCCCAACGCGACGCCGUCUCAAGCUCGAUCCCUCCAACAAGCUUUACUUCCCUUAUGAGCCGGGCAAACAGGUUAGGAGUGCCAUCAGGAUUAAAAACACCAGUAAAUCUCAUGUAGCUUUCAAGUUUCAAACAACUGCUCCCAAAAGCUGUUUCAUGCGUCCUCCUGGAGCUAUCCUUGCACCUGGUGAGAGUAUCAUAGCAACAGUGUUCAAGUUUGUAGAGCAACCAGAAAAUAAUGAAAAGCCUGAAAAAACUGGACUCAAAUUUAAAAUCAUGAGCUUGAAGGUGAAAGGAUCAAUUGAUUACGUCCCUGAACUGUUUGAUGAGCAGAAGGACCAAGUAGCAGUGGAGCAGAUUCUGCGAGUUGUUUUUCUGGAUCCAGAGCGUCCAUGUCCUGCUUUGGAAAAACUGAAUCGACAACUGGCUGAUGCUGAUGCUGCCCUUGAGGCACGUAAGAAACCUGUGGAAGAUGCAGGUCCAAAAAUUAUCGGGGAAGGGCUCGUCAUAGACGAAUGGAAAGAGAGGAGGGAAAGAUAUCUCGCAAAGCAGCAGGAUGCAGAUGUGGCUGAGAUUCCUGGACAAACGAAGUUUAGGGUUGUGGAUUUUCUACUUAUUCUGGGCUUAGGUUACUGGUUGACACAGAUUGGAACAUUGGUAGACCUCAUACAUGAACCUUUGUUGGUAUGGACAAAGGGGACUAUAAAGGUUUGA